AUGGCGAGGGCCACCACGGCCCUCAUCGUCACAUCUAUGCUCGGUGUAUGCGGAGGCCGGAUCAGCUUUCCAGCCAGCAAGACCUACAGCGCACAUGACGUCUUGUACUGCUGGAUGCCAUAUCCAACCCUCCGUGUUCAGGUCUUGACCGUUCUUGGGUUCAUCUGGAUGCCCUAUCAAGUACCUAUUGACGUAGAAUUGUACGCCCUGUUCCUCGAGGCCGAGAGUGCUGGUGGUGAUGAAGAGCCUGCAGAACGGUACGUUGAUGAAGGCGAGGCGGAAAAGGAUGCCGAGCUUGAGGCUGGCGAAGCUCCUGGUCGUGAUGCAGACCUCGUACUAUUGGGCGAGCCCUUCCGGCUGUAA